AUGGACUCCUCACUGAAUGAGGCUUCAGCUGUGCUCUCAGACUUUUCUCUCCUGAGCAUCAUCAAUGAGGCCAAGCAGCAGGUAGACACAGCUUACUUACAGGCCCGACAAAGCUUAAAGAGGAAACUAGAGGAACAACAUGCCAACCCCAUGGAUUUCCUGAAGCACCUAAAGGACCCUGUGGGAAAGACCAGAUCUGCAGUCCGUGCUGCUGAUUACAUGGAGACUACUUUGAAGCUUCUCAAAGAGAAGCUUCAUCUUCCUGGGGAAGAGAGAUUCAAUGUCACAGACCUGCUGAGCAGAAGGCACAAGGAGAUGAUUUCCAAAGGCACUGGCUGUGACUAUCAGACUCGUUCCAUUAGAUGCCCCAAGAGGGACAUGUAUCGAACCAUCACUGGGCAGUGCAACAACAGAAAACACUCCCACUGGGGAUCCUCCAACCGUGGCUUCGCUCGCUGGCUGCCAGCAGUGUAUGAGGAUGGAGUGUCCAUUCCCAGAGGAGCAAUUGCAGGAAAGGAGUACAAUGGAUUCCCACUCCCUCUGGUCCGACAAGUGUCCAAUGAAAUUGCUCACACAGCCAAUGAGAAUGUCACUGCAGACCAGGAGCUCUCUCUUGUCUUCAUGCACUGGGGCCAAUGGGUCAACCAUGACAUCGACUUAGCCCCUGCCAGCGGGGAAGGAGCAAGCCUGGAGCUCCUGUGCCACACUGAGUGUGCCUUCAAGCCCCCCUGCUUCCCCAUUAAGUUCCCCCCAGAUGACCCACGGAAGCUGAGGCCCAACGUCUGCAUGCCCUUUGUCCAGUCAGCAUCUGCCUGCAAUCCCACAUCCUUCAUCCGGGAGCAACUCAACGCCGCCAGCUCCUACAUCGAUGUCAGCACCUUGUAUGGCAGUGAUGAUUCUCUGGCAAGGAGUCUGAGGAACAGCACCAACCAGCUGGGCUUGAUGGCUGUGAACCAGAAUUUCACAGAUGCAGGGCUGGAAUUCCUGCCCUUUGAGAAUGUGACGAAGAGUGUUUGUGUCCUCACCAACAAGACUGCCAACAUCCCCUGCUUCAAAGCAGGUGACAAACGUGUGACAGAAAACCUGGGCCUCUCUGCAAUGCACACCAUCUUCCUCAGAGAGCACAAUCGCCUGGUCAGGGAGCUGAGGCAGCUCAAUCCCCACUGGGAUGGGGAAAAGCUUUACCAGGAGAGCCGAAAGAUUGUGGUGGCCAUAAACCAG